CCUCUACUCUCAAGCCAUUGCUAUGUAACCUACGAACGCCGAGCUCUUCGCCGACCGCGCUCAGGCCAACCUCAAGCUCAACAACUUCACUGGCAUGAAUUUUACCAGCAACCAGAGGAACUGGUGGUUACUAUAUUUGCAAAGGAUGUAUCGCGUAGCAGUGUUUCAGUUGAUUUUGGUGAGCAAAUUCUGAGUGUCACAAUUGAUGUCCCUGGUGAAGAUGCAUACACUUUUGUACCUCGUUUAUUUGGAAAGAUAAUACCUGCAAAGUGCAAGUACGAAGUCUUGUCUACAAAGAUUGAAAUCUGUCUUGCAAAAGCUGAAGCCAUAAAUUGGACGUCUCUUGAAUUCGGCAAGGAUAUUACUGUUUUACAGAAGAUAAACGUAUCUACAGUCGCUCAAAGGACUUCAUACCCUUCCUCAAAGCCAAGAAGAGUAGAUUGGGAUUCACUGGAAGCUCAAGUUAAGAAAGAGGAGAAAGAAGAAAAAUUAGAUGGAGAUGCAGCUUUGAACAAAUUUUUCAGGGGCAUAUAUCAAGAUGUAGACGAGGACACUAGAAGAGCCAUGAGAAAAUCUUUUGUUGAAUCGAAUGGGACAGUUUUGUCCACAAACUGGGAAGAAGUGGGAUCCAAGACGGUGGAAGGAAGCCCUCCAGAAGGCAUGGAGGUGAAGAAGGGGGAAUACUAAACUGUUUCUCCAGCUGGAUGCACUGCAAUCCUGGGUAGGAGCAAAACAUGGCUUCAGAUUCGAAACUCCUCGCAUUGGAAGAGGUCAAUAAGCACAACAAAACCAAAGAUUGCUGGCUAAUUAUAUCUGGAAAGGGAAAGAUGCAACAAAUGACUUCGAAGAUGUAGGCCACAGCGAUUCUGCUAGAGAGAUGAUAGAAAAGUAUUACAUUGGUGAAGUUGACCAGUAAACUGUUCCAAUGAAACGCAAUUACACGCCACCUCAGCAAGCCCCUUACAAUCCCGACAAGACCCCUGACUUCGUAAUUAAGAUUUUGCAGAUCAUCGUACCCCUCUAGAUCUUGGGUUUGGCCUUUGCUAUUCGGCAAUGCACCAAAGAGAAUUAAACCAAGUUGCUACUCUCUUUCUUGUGCCCUAUAUUGGGCUAGAUGGUCAUCUACGUUAUUUGGUCAAGUGAUUGGAAGAACAAUUUUCUUUUUUCGUUUCUUGAUGUUCUCGAAAUGCUGUGAUUAAGCAUUAGCUCAUAUUGUGACGUUCAUCUGGAGUCAAACGGAGUGCUUGAAUGUCCGUUUAGCAACUCUUAUGCUGCAAACACCGGACUUUCUUCUAUUCUGAUAGACAAGAAGAGUCUGCUUUGGUUUCA